UUUUUUCAUUUUCGUUUUAUCUCUUGAAUCCUGUUCAACGGGCGAAAAGAUCUGCAACCAGGCAGUUGUGGAAAGAACACAGCAAAAGUCAGGCUUUCACAGAGAUCUGAUUACCUACAUUAAAUGGGACAUCCUAAGCAGUUUUGGUGAGCAUUACAAUUUACUGGAUUGUCAACUUUUGCUGGUUGAAAAAUUUCCAAGUGGUGUUUACAUUGAUCCUGAUCAGCUCAAGAAUGAAGUGGAGUUUGGUGGCCCUGAGGUAUUAUUCAAAGAGAGUGUAAAUAUUGAAGCCCUGGCUCAUCAUAGCUCUUCAAAUGAGAUGCUCGUAUUUCCUAAGAUUACUAUUGACUCAAAAAUGGAUAUUCUGAAAGCAAACAUUACCAUUCCAAUCCAUCUGCGAUACCAUCAGGCUGCUAAAGAUGCAAAAUUUGCUUCAGUAUUACUUCCACCUCCACAAGUCCUUGGAAGAUGUCCUAAUGGAGUUGCCUUUCCUACCGAUCGCUGUGGAAGUGACCCGGUACAAGCUCCAUGUGAUGCAAAACGACUGUCAACAUGUGACUGGAUUGCACUAAAAUUAAGGAGCAAGGAUCAGUCAGAGUCUAGGAUGAGCCUUGUUCUACAGGUCCCCAUUGGACAAACAGAACACAGUUUGCCUAUCAUAGCUCUUACUGUUUUCUCGACCAUGGCUGGAUGUGUUCUGACUCUUUGGAACGCCAUAGUAACGCCCUUUUAACAGUAAAUCUUUACAACUCUAUAAAGAACGUAUGCUCAAAUAUCAAGCGGUGUUCAACCUUUGCACAUUUUCCCAGCAAAAUGUUUCAUAAAGAUUAGAAUUGUAAAAUUGAAGUUGCUGAAGAAUUUCUUUGAAUUAAAGGUUGAGGAAAUCUU